AUGGAUCGACAGCAAAAUCGAUCCAAGGAGUCGAGAUCGCGAGCCUCGAGGAAGGGAAUAUGGAGGAGGGCUGGUGCCGCGGCGGGCUCGGACGAGUCGUCAGCCACCGAUGAGAAAUCGGACGAAGAGUUGGAUAAUACGGGCUCUCGAAUACGGCUGUUCCGAGAAAAGAGAAAGGGCGCCAAGUCAUCGACGAAGAGUCGUCGUCACGAGGAGGCGGAAGUGUCGAGGGAACCGGCGAAAGCGUCCCAGCCGCCGAGGGAGUCGAGCAUCGCUCAGUCGAUUAAGAAACGUUUCGCCUUCUUCCGACGAUCGGAGAACGUUAAGUCGACGGAGGACGUCGAGGCGGUCAUAAUCGAUAAUGACGAAGCUGGUGAGCUGGUUAAUCGAGUGGUCGAUGUGGUCGUGGACGUGCAUCGGGAGAAUGGAGAGAGAAGGAAAGAGAUGGAGGAUAAGGGACGAAUCGGCGAUGGCUCGAGCGAUUCGUCCUCCAGUAGGAAGAGUCUCGUGUUAAAGUCAUUGGACCUGAUAGAGGAGUUUCACGAGGAGCGGAUCGCGGGUACGGAAUCAGCGAACAGUCGACUGUCGGGGGAGUCGGAGGCGGAGAGUGAAGUCGAUGUGCCAACGAAGGGGGAGAGCGAGGGGUCGCUCGAGGAGCCGACGAGCGACGUUCUGCCAAUGUCCGGGGCCGAGUCAACGCGUCGACGAAGACGCUGGGACAAGUCCGAGAUCGCUGCCGGUGAUCUCGUGGAGGACCUGAAGAAGCCGCGCAGGCGGCAAUGGGUCAUGGAUGCCACGGGUACGGAGUCGCGCAAAAAUGUCGGAGGCAGAAAAGAUCUCGUGUCCAAGCGAUCGACCACCGUCGUGACCACGACGCCAAGAUCAGCCAAUAAACCAUUGGGAAGAGUUUGGAUGCCCAAAGCAGCGCCCAGAUCAAAAAGCAAACGGAGAGAUCAUCGUCAAGCAUUCGACAACGAGGUUUUCUCAUACGAUCACGACGAGGUCCUGCGAAUCGAAACGAUUAACGACUCCAGUCCUAAAAUCAAAAUCGGCAACCUUAACCUAGAGCAGAUAGAGAACGAAGUGUCGACUUUGAGCAACGAUGAAGAUAACGCUGCGAGCGAUUCAAUGUCUAGAAUUGAGAAAGUACAGGAGCAUCAGCCGCUGACUGCCGACGAAGAUGACGAAAUGUCCGACACGACGAGAGACGACGAAUCGUCGAUGGGAAGUAGCGAGUCGCUGGAUUUCGUUGGGAGAAAAAGUACGGCGAGAAGACGCCCCCCGAGUGGCCAACAAAAAUUGUCGGCUAACGAAAGAUCCGUGGACAGAGAGGAGCCGGAGGAUAUUGACGAGGCGGAAGAUGAGCAGGAGACGAUAUUGAACGUCAUCGAGAAGAAAUCUGUACGAUCGUCUAGCUCGAGUAAAAUUGAAAUAAUCCCGCGCAAUUUUUUUGGGCGAAAAUCGAGUGAGGAAACGACGAUAACGACGUACGAGGACACGAGCACUUCCCGGCGGGGAUCGCGGCACUCGCGAUCGAGGGGGCAGCAAGUAAAGCCAGCGGGACAGAAAAGGAGCGGCAACGCGAUUGAGAGCAGCUCGCGGCUGAAAUCCAAGACAACGAGCUCGUCGACACGGAACUCGACCGAGGAGUACUCGAGUAAUAGAAGGAAGGCUAAGCCGAAAGCGAGGAAGCGGCACAAAAGAAAGGAUAAUCGACAAGAACCAGAAGGGGACAGAGACGAGGAUAUUAAAUACACGUCAAUAUGGAUUCAUCGCUCGGAUAUGCUCGAGGCCGAUUACGUCACGAGGCAUCCAAUGGUAAAGGUGCACAUAGUCAGUCAAGAAACCGGCGAGUAUCUAAAGUCGCGCAACAAGGAGAAAAAUGCCAUCGACUUCUUACAGCCGAUUAUAACGGGAAAAUUCGACUUCAAGGAGAAGCGAUCGAUGCUGCCGAUUUGGGAUGAGGAGCUGAUAUUCGAACAAGAUUUUCAAGAUCUGCUUAGGGAGGGCAGAAGUGCCGCUCUCGUAUUGUUCGAGAUCGUCGAUCUUCUCAAUUACUCCGAAGCGAGUGUGUGCUACGAUCAAUUUGGCAGAGAUGCUUGCUGGUAUAAAGUGGCAUGGGCUUUCUUGAGGCCAGUGGGAAUCAGUGGCGUUCAUCAUGUUGAUAAGAGGCUUCGAUUACAGUUGUACAGGCCGAAAAAGAAUUUUAGAAAAACCGCCGGGAAUCAAUGCGAGGUGUACAGAUGGUGGAAGUCCAAUAGCAGAAACAAGUAUCCGAGUAGCCUGUACGUGAGCUUGAGCGGGGUGGAGCCACCGAAGCUCGAGCCCGUGUUCUACGAGCAGCCGUUGCACCUAGAGGACGUCGGUGGGUCCCGUGAGGGAUCGCGAGUCCCGGAGGAGACGGAGCCGCCGCCGCCCAAAUGGUCGCGCCCGGCCACGCAGACCUGUCAGAUCCCCAACGAGAGCUUCGUCGAGUUCGAGGCCAGCGAGAACGGCUGCUUUCACCUGGCCUUCAGCAACGACGGCAAGUACCUGGCUUGCGUGCUCUCCGAGGAACACGAUUAUCCGAUCCUGGUGUACAAGGUUCACGAUGGGAGUAUUCACGUGCGAUUUCCCGGCCAUAAGAGCUUCAUCUAUUCCUUAGGAUGGGCGCGAGACGAUCGUUUUCUAUUGUCAGUGUCUUCCGACCGGACCGCGCGUUUCUGGAACGUACGGGAUAGAAUUAUCGAGCAUAUCCAGUCCCUGCCACAUCCGUCUUACGUCUACUGCGGCAAAUUCUCAAUGGAGGUCACCGACUACAUCGUCACCGGCUGUUACGACAAGGUGGCUCGCGUUUGGGCACUCUUGCCGUCCGGCGAUAACGAGGGCUACGAACUUGUCCAGGAGCUCGAGAUUCACGAGAGCUUCGUCAACAGCGUCUGCCUCCAAACCGAGAACGACACGUUCUUUACGGGCGACGGCCUCGGUGUGAUUGUCGCCUGGUUUGCCAAGAGAAGCCGCAAGUCGCCCAUUAGAAAGGAGUGGCAAAUUAUGCGCAAAAUAAAAAUUCGGGAAUUAGAGGGCGUGCCAAUCAACACGAUUAUUUUGCAUCCAUUGGGAUCUCGGCUGCUGGUGCAUUCGCGAAAUAACGGACUGAGAUUGAUGGAUUUACGUAGUGGCACGGUACUUAGGAAAUUCGAUGGCCUGACGAAUCAAAGAAUCCAAAUAACGGCCUGUAUCUCACCCUGUGGCAGUCUGCUGUUUUGCGGGAGCGAGGAUGCGACCUUGAGCGUGUGGAGCUUGCAGAGCGGCAAACUUUUGGCGAUUUACGAGAUGGGGAUUGAGGGAAAAGCCGUGACCUGCGUCGAUUACCAUCCCAACGAUCAUCUACUGGCAUUGGCAGUCUGGGGUGCGCCGGUGCCUGUAAAGAUUAUGAAAUUCGAUCGCGAAGCCGAGGGUAAAAGCGUAGGAUUGAAGCUCACGGCUACGACGGACGACACAGUGCCCGCGAGCUUCGAUUCGAAAUUAAGCAGCGAGCCGACGUCUCUUAAGAACGGAGGGGGAAAUUUAGAGCUAAUGCCAACGAGAAGUCGGAGCUCGUCCAUUAAGAGCGGCUUAUUAAGGGGACAGGAGGUUAACGAUGAUGUUAGAGUGCGUCUGACUAGGGCUCAAAUAAGGGCAAACGAGUCGAAUCUCAAGGCGAAGAGCUUGACAAGGCUGAAUGGGAUAAUCGAGAAGAUCGACCGUAUUCUUAUGUACGCUACGACACAAAAUUCACCGGAUGUAGAUGUGGAGUCAGCACGCGACUCGUCCAUAUUUACGGUCACGGGGGUGAGGGAGGCGCGUGAUAAAGCAAUGGAAACCAUUGAGCUGGAAGAAUUGAGGAGCCAAAAUGAAAAGAGCAGGAGCGAACCACGAGCCUGGAGAAAGCAUCGGCAUAGAUCGCGAAGCGCGAGGAACUCCACGUCGGCAUUGCAUAAAGAGAUCGAAGUCACUAAAGCGCUUUCGGACAGUGCCGCUUUCAAUCGUAAAGUUUCGAGAUUCAGCGACGAAUCGUCAAAUUCAAAUCGGUCCGCGCACCAUAAGAAGAAGCUCGUAGUGGAGAGAUUGGAGUUGGACAGGAUUGACGGCGUCGAGUCGACGGAUGAGUCGGGAUUUAAGGAUUCAUUGGGCACGAUUGUGGAUGGGAAGGAGGAGUUUCCUAGCGAGGAGAUUUUGGAUAUAGAAUCGCUGAGAAGUGAUGACACUUAUGUGGUCGAUAAAGUGAAGAAUAACUCGGCCGAGAGCGCCGAUCGACAUGAUCUUUCGGACGAGAGCAAUGCGACGUUUAUUAUAGAAAGUGACAUUCCAAUUGCAAAACCUCGUAAGAAGUUCGGUAAAGUCGUGGUGAUGUAA